AUGUCGGGCCCCUUCGGGCGCGUGACGCACGCGGUGGUGCGGGGCCUGCCCGAGUCGCUGUGCGAGCGGGCCCUGCGGCGGGCCCCGGUGGGCGGGGGCGGCCCCCCGGUGUCCUGGGGCCGGGCGGAGCGGGAGCACCGCCUCUACGUGUCCGUGCUGCGGGACAAGCUGGGCCUGCACGUGCUCGAGCUGCCCGCCGACCACAGCCUGCCCGACUGCGUCUUCGUCGAGGACGUGGCCGUCGUCUGCCAGGACACCGCCCUCCUCACCAGGCCCGGGGCGCCCAGCAGGAGGAAGGAGGUUGAAGCAAUGAAGACUGCUCUGGAAAACCUUCAGCUCAAUGUAGUACAGAUGACAGAUGAAAACGCAACCUUAGACGGAGGAGAUGUUUUAUUUACAGGCAGGGAAUUCUUUGUGGGCCUCUCUGAAAGGACAAAUCAACGUGGGGCAGAGAUUCUGGCUGAUACUUUCAAGGAUUAUGCUGUCUCCACCGUGCCAGUUGUUGACUCUCUGCAUUUGAAGAGUUUCUGCAGCAUGGCAGGACCCAACCUGAUUGCCAUUGGUUCCAGUGAGUCUGCCCAGAGAGCCCUCAAGAUCAUGCAGCAGAUGAGCGACCAUCGCUACGACAAACUGACCAUUCCGGACGACGUGGCCGCAAACUGUUUGUAUUUAAACAUCCCGAGCAAGGGUCAUGUCCUGUUGCACCGAGCCCCCGAAGAAUACCCGGAGAGUGCAAAGGUUUUUGAAAAGCUGAAGGAUCAUAUGCUGAUUCCUGUGAGCAACACAGAAUUGGAGAAGGUAGAUGGGCUCCUCACCUGCAGUUCAAUUCUCAUUAACAAAAAGAUGGAAUCGUGAGUUCACAGAAUCCCGCCCUUGUACCUGGCAAUAAUGCACAUGCAAGGCAGAUGGCUCUGUGUCCGCUCUUAUCGUUUCUAUUGACAAUCUGCUGUACCACUGUGCUACUAACUUGUGUUUACAAAUGUUUCCGUUCUAAUUACUUUAAGUCUAACCCCACUUAAGGUGGUACUUAAGGUGUACGAUUGGUGAGCAAACAAAUAAACCUAGGAAAUACUAGUCUCAAGACUAAGAGAAAAAAAGAUUUGGAGGAAGAACACUAUCUGUCGUGGGUUUAUAUUACCAGUCUGAACAUUGUUUGGUUUUCCAGUACAUUCAGAAGAUUGUCUUGGUCAGAUGAGAUUUUCUCCUUCUUCAUCUUUCUGUACCCACGGCCUCCUUUGUCCUUUCCUUGUCUCCUUUCUCCCGCUCACUUAUCCUUUCGUCUCAUUUUUGCCUGGUUUCUGGCCUUCAUUUCCCCCCUUCUCUCACCGACACUGAGUCGACCCCACCAUCUUGUGCUCCAGAGAGGCGGAAACUUUCAUCGAUUCCACUCCGCCGUUAGCGUUAUCUCCUUUGCCUGGCAACUCUGCUAAUCCUCAGCACUGUGACGACCUAAACUGGGGUAGCAGAUUGGGAAAGUUUAAAUCCCUGGAAGAGGUAGAUCUGACCAGCGGGAGCCGUAUAAGUCAGACCCCGACCUGACUUUCCUUUGUUUGAAAUAUUGAGAAGAACAGGGCCAUAUGUCUAAAGACAUCUUGGAAGCGAUUUGGAUUGCAGGCAGAUCAUAGAAACUCUGCGAAAAAGGUUGCAUUUUACAAAAAAAAAAAAUGUGUUUAGGAGACAUCAUGUGCCCCAGAAUUCUAGUCUUAGUCUGUUUCCCGUAUUUAGUAUAGUCUACCUUUGUUUCACAUAUUUGGUCACGCUCUCUUGCCCUGUAAUUCAGUAGAAACAGACAUCAUUUCCUCAAAAGUUGCCAAAAAUCCCCCAAAAA